AUGUCAGAGGAAGAAGAUUCUUUCUUAAAUGUCAAAAGAUCUUUGAAAAAGGCAGUAGUGAAACAUAGCACUCCGGUGGAUUCAAUGUUCUCCCAAACUAUGUUAUCUCUGGUGGAUAUGACGAAUCAAUCUAUCAGAGAACAAAACAUAAGUAAGAGAGUCUAUGGGUCUCCAAUGCCAAAAUCAUCUUUCCAGAAACAAGCAUCGUCCCAAGAACAACUAAUGCACCUUGACAAGCUCAUUUCUCAAGUCACUUUUCCAAGAAAGCUUUCCACAGUAUUGGACCCAGAGGAAUCAAGUGAAGAGAUGAGCCUCAGCUCUUGGGCUGCAGUUCCUAGAAGAAGACUUUCAACAGUGUUGGCUUCAGAGGAACCCAGUGAAGAGCCAAGCUUCAAGACAAUGGUUCCCCCUAUAGUAAGUGCAGCAGUUGAAGUCCCUGCUGAACCAUCUAAGAAGACAGCCAAAGUAACUUCUAAAGGUGUAUUUGCAUGGCUGGUUACUGAAAUUCCUGGGAUAAAAGAUCCCACAGUAAGAAAAAGAAGAAAAAGGAAGCUUGAAAAAAAACUUUUGGAAGCAAAACAACGAGAAUGGGAAUUACGUCAACUUAAAAAUAUCGAAGAGGCGACUAGACAUGAGCUGACAAUUGAAGAAGUCUGA